AUGGGCAACCGCGUGGCGAGGCUGGCGGCGCCGUGCUUCGCGCCGGCCCACGGCGCGCGCGGCCACCGCGCCGACGGCUGGGGGGCGGCGGACGUGCACACCAACGGGGCGCUCGAUGAUGGCAGCAGCAGCAUCGGCCACAUUCUCAGCUUCGAUGGCCGCGAGGGCCCGGUGUUCGCUGGCGCCAUCCACGGCGUCUUGCUGCCGUCGAAUCAAUCCACGUUGGGCUGCGCGGCGGGCGGCUCCGUUCUCAACGAUCAGAUGUCGUUCUCCGGCUCCUCGUCCUUCGACAGCUCCAACUCGUUCUCGUUCCGGACGCUCCAGCCGCGACAGUACUCGGGGCCGCUGGAGUACAGCACGUCGCCGUCGACGUCCGCGACGACCUCCGGCGUGUCCGUGGCGCGGCAGGCCCCGCGCACCGACGAGCAGAUCCUCGCCGACCUCUACGCGACGCGGCACCGGCGCCAGUGCCUGCAGCAGCAGGCGUCCAAGACGAGCCCGCUGCUCGGCGGCCUCCGCAGGGCCGUGGCGUCGGUGCUGCGUGCGGGCCCCUGCGUGUCCCCCGGCAGGAACCAGGACAGCGGCGAGCACGCCGUGGCGGCCGGCAACAACGGCGCCGCGACGGGCGACGGCGCGGCGAGGGUGCAGUGGGCGCGCGGGAAGGCCGGGGAGGACAGGGUGCACGUCGUCAUGUCGGAGGAGCACGGAUGGAUGUUCGUCGGCAUCUACGACGGCUUCAACGGCCCCGACGCCACCGACUACCUCGUCGCCAACCUGUACGCCGCCGUGUGCCGCGAGCUCAACGGCGUGCUCGCGGAGGACGUCGACCCUGCCGAUCGUCCCGACUGGAAGCCGCCGCCGCGGUGCAACGGCCACCGCACGGCGCGGAGCCACGAGCAGGAGGUGCUCGACGCGAUGGCGCGCGCCCUGGAGAGCACAGAGGCGGCGUUCUUCGCGGAGGCGGAGGCGCGCGCGGCGGAGUGCCCGGAGCUGGCGAUGAUGGGGUCGUGCGUGCUGGUGGUGCUGAUGAAGGGCGCCGACGUGUACGUGAUGAACGUCGGGGACAGCCGCGCCGUGCUGGCUCAGCGGGUAGAGCCCGACCUCGCCGGCGUCAACGAGGAGAUCAAUCGGCAGCUCGACGCGUGCGAGAUGGAGGAGCUCGCCGCGCUGCAGCUCACCAAGGACCACAGCACCAGCGUCUACAAGGAGGCGAGACGGAUCAGGAGCGAGCACCUGGAUGAUCCUGCCUGCAUUGUGAAUGACAGGGUGAAGGGUUCUCUGAAGGUUACAAGAGCCUUCGGAGCUGGCUACCUAAAAGAGCCCAGGUGGAACGAGGCCCUCCUGGAGGUUUUCCGGGUGAAUUACGUCGGGACGUCGCCGUACAUCACCUGCCGGCCCUACCUCCAGCACCACCGGCGGGGUUCGCGGGACAAGUUCAUGAUCCUCUCCUCCGACGGACUCUACGACUACUUCACCAACGAGGAGGUGGUGGCGCAGGUGGAGGCCUUCACCGCCAGGUACCCCGACGAGGACCCCGCCAAGUACCUCAGCCACGAGAUCCUCCUCCGCGCCGCCAACCAAGCCGGGAUGGGGUUCCAUGAGUUGCUCGAGGUUCAGCAAGGCGACCGAAGGAGAUACCACGACGACGUCUCCAUCAUCAUCAUCUCGUUGGAGGGGAAGAUAGGUCAUAGGUCUGUGAACUUUGUCACUACUGAUCAUGACAUUGUAAUGGUAGAAUGAAUUAUACUAAUCUGCAAUGUACAUUGUAAAAAAAACAAAGAUUAAUUUUGAAGGACAGUAGUACCACACAGGGAGAAUUAGCUAGCUAGCCACAAAGGCA